AUGACAAUUGACAAGCCAUUCAUAAAUUCCUAUAUUUUGUGUUCUUCUUCCUUUCCAAGCAUUGCAUGUUUAAUUUGGUUCUCUAUGGGAACCUUGAAUUCCUACCAUAGAACAAAAAGAAUCUGGAAUCAUGGGACGCCGUGCACCAACACCCAUCAGAUAGGCGCCCUGCUCCUCAUCGUUGCCACCCUCUUCAUCAACCGGCUCUGGGACCAUCUGCCCUCAGCUCUGCACAACAAUACUCAGUGCUCGAUAUUCAAUCACGACCGCUCACCUAGAAAGUUGGCGCACUCCAAUGGUGGAUAUCCUUCCUGGCCAGAGAGAGGAUAUGGGUCUCACCUUUCCCUCAAGAUUUACGUUUAUGAUGAGAACGAGAUUGACGGAUUAAAGCCAUUGAUGUAUGGGAAAGAAGGUGUCGUCGACGUUGAUAUUUGCUAUCAAGGCCAAUGGGGCACUCAGGUUAAAAUACACAGAUUGCUGCUGAACUCAAGAUUUCGGACGAGAAAGAAAGAGGAAGCAGAUUUCUUCUUUGUGCCAGCAUAUGUUAAAUGCGUUCAUAUGAUGGAAGCUCUUACAGAAGAAGAGAUUAACCAGACCUAUGUUGAGGUCUUAAGUCAAAUGCCAUAUUUUAGGCGAUCUGGGGGUCGUGACCACAUAUUUGUCUUCCCAAGUGGUAAUGGAGCUCACUUUUUCACAUCUUGGAAAACAUUCUUAAACCGUUCAAUAUUUCUUACUCCAGAGGGGGAUCGAACUGAUAAUAAAAACUCAAGUUCCUUUCAUACAUGGAAAGAUAUCAUCAUUCCUGGCAAUGUUCAUGAUGAGAUGACUAAAAAUGGUGCUGCCCUGGUUGAGCCUUUACCUUUAUCAAAGCGAAACUACUUGGCAAAUUAUUUAGGACGUGCACAAGGAUUGAAAGGGCGUCUUCAGUUACUAGAGCUGGCGAGACAGUAUCCAGAUAAGUUGGAGGCUCCAGAUUUGAAGCAUGAUCCCCCUGACAAGUUGUUCAAGCUGGAGUAUUUUGAACACCUACGUAAUGCGAAAUUCUGCCUAAUUCCUCGUGGAUUAUCAUCAUGGACGUUGCGCUUCUAUGAAUCUUUCUUUGUGGAAUGUGUUCCAGUUAUCAUAUCAGAUCAAAUAGAAUUACCUUUUCAAAAUGUAAUAGACUACACUCAGAUAACAAUAAAAUGGCCAGCUACUCGGAUAGGUCCCCAACUUUUGGAGUACCUUGAAUCUAUUCCAGAUGAAGUUAUAAUGGGUAUGAUAGCUCGUGGUAGACAAGUGAAGUGCUUAUGGACUUAUGCUCCAGAGUCAGAACCAUGUUCAGCAAUGCAUGGGAUCUUGUGGGAACUCCAGAGGAAAGUCAGGGUAUUCCACCAAUCAGCUGAGACCUUUUGGCUUCAUAAUGGGACUAUCGUAAAUAGAGAUUUAGUAGAGUUUCAUAAUUGGAAACCACCCAUGCCUUUGCCUUGAGAUGAUUUUUUCAUUUUUCUUGUGCAAAUUGUUCCAGAAUCAAGAGCCUUUAUUGUACUAGUAAAUACAACCAUCUUAUACGCCAAUGAAUUCCUUGUUGGAAAAUAGUGCAUUUCAUAAA